AUGAAGUUCUCUGCUGUUGGCGCUGUCGCGCUCGCUGGUAUCGUAGACCUGGUAGCCGCGCAGAACAACACGACCACGACACCCACGGGUACUCCCACCGAGGCAUGCGCCGUCGUGAGCUCAGCCUGGGCAGCGCAGCUAGACGCAACAGCGACGCCAACCGUCGAGGCGUCGAUAGCGUACGAGUGCCUCAACUCGGUCCCCAUCGACAAAGAUGGCGCUCUCCAAUUCAUCGACGAGAUGGCGCCGUACAUCGAGUGGCAAUCCGACACGGCCUUCAAGAAGAGCCCUCCGAAGGACUACUUCUACCCAGGUUACGACAUCUGGGCGGUGAUCGCCGAGGUGAGAGCCGGCAUCGAGGCCGGCGAGUACGCCAGCGAAUACGCCUGGCAAGUCGACUUGUACAAGAAGCUCUUCGGUCAGGGCCACGACGGCCACUUCGUCGUGUACCCUGACGCCUUGUCGGCCGCUAUCGAAUGGGCGAGGCCCUAUGCUCUGAUCUCGAUCAGUGAGGAGGGCCCGGCCGGCUCGGCUCCGGUGAUCAAGGUGUACGAGGACGUCGUCUCGUCGCCGGACACGGCAUCUGUGGUGACGUUGAUCAAUGGCGUCGACGCUGCUACCUAUAUCCAGGACUGGGUUGUGCAGGUUACUUCUAACCAGGACGUCGACGCGGCCUACAACUCCAUGUUCUUCACCAAGGCGUUUGCGGCUGAGCUUGCCAACCUGGGAUACUUCCAGUCGGGCGGGCGUGUGAGAUAUGUCUACCCCGGUGAAGUCACCUCGUUCACGUUCGAGAAUGGAACAUCCUUGGAAGUGUCCAACCUUGCCAGACUGAAGGGGUCCUGGACCGGUGUGGUCGAUGGUCCAUCCUUCUUCACCAAGUUCUGCCCCGGCGCGGCCAGCAAUGCCCCGCUGACUUCAGCGACCACCGCAACGGCUACGGCCACGGCGGCAGCGGCUACAGCUACCGUGGAAGGCUACCCCGAGCCGGUCAUCAUCUCCAGCGAUGGUAUCAUCUCCGGCUACUUUGUAGAUGAGCCCGGCUUCGAGGAUGUGGCUGUCAUUGCCAUGCUGUCGUUCUCUCCCGACGACCCAGUCGAGUUUCAGCACGUUGCACAGGACUUCUUUGCCGCCUGUGUUACAGCUGGAAAGACGAAGCUGGUUGUUGAUGUACAGGCGAACGGUGGUGGAUACAUCUUUUCGGGAUACGAUCUUUUCAGGCAACUGUUCCCAGACUUUGUCCAAGAAGGCCUCGGCCGAUGGAGGGACAGCGACGGCUUCCUAGCCGUUUCCGACGUGUAUUCAUCGAACACCGCCGACUUUGACGCCGACACCGCCUCUGUCGACACCAUCCUCAUGUACGAAUCGGUCUACAACUGGCGGUACGACCUCAACAUCACAAACGAGCACUUCACCUCGUACGAGGACAAGUUCGGCCCGGUGCAGCACCUCGGGGACAACUACACCAACCUGAUGCAGUGGGACUUCAACGACCCGCUCAACACCAUCAACGCCACCUUUGGGUUCGGCACCGACAUCACGGGCUACCGCAGCCGCGCCAACUUCACGCGCCCCUUCGGCGGCCCCGAGAAUAUUGUCUUGCUCCUCGACGGGUACUGCGCGUCGACGUGCACGCUGUUCUCGCAGUUCGCCAAGGAGGCCGGCGUCCAGAGCAUCGCCAUGGGCGGCCGACCCUCAAAGGCCGGCCUCAUCCAGGGCGUCGGCGGCGUCAAGGGCUCGCAGAGCUACGGGUACGUGGACGUCAAGUCCGCGGCCGACCUGGCGCUGGCGUACACGGACGACGCGGCGCUCGUCGAGGUCCUGAGCAACUACACCGACUACGUCGUCGAUCGCAGCACGGCCGCGAGUCUGAACGUCAAGGACGAGAUCCUGCGGGCGCACAUCGACGACGGGACGCCGGCGCAGUUUGUGGCCGAGUACUCCGAUUGCCGGCUGUGGUGGACGGUGGCGAUCCAUGAGUCGGCGACGGCGCUGUGGAAGGCUGCGGCGAGUGCUGCCUUCAAGGGGGGCGAUUGUGCGUAUGGCAGCAUCGACUAUGCGGCCAACACGACCAAGAAAGGCCUGUCCCGGCCAGGACUGUUCAGCAAGCCACGAUACACGCUCCUAACGAAGCGGCUGGACUCUGUGCAAAAGCGUGAAGCUGUUCAGAAGAGCCCGUUCUUCCUUGCUAACCAGUACAUGAAGGUCGUGGACUAG